CCCAGUAAUAAAGUUUGUUGCUUUUCUCUCUCUUCUCUCUCUCUUCUCUCUCUCUCCCCUCUAUGGCUUCAACUUCAUUUUCCUUAAGAUUUUCAUACAAGAGAUGUUGAAACAGCUUACAGAAAGGAGAAAAAAUUAUUGGAAGAUGGCUUCUUCCACCUACUCCAAUUCUCCCUGCGCAGCCUGCAAGUUCCUCCGGCGAAAAUGCCUACCGGACUGCGUUUUUGCCCCGUACUUCCCGCCCGAGGAGCCGCAGAAGUUUGCCAACGUCCACAAGAUCUUCGGCGCCAGCAAUGUCAGCAAGCUGCUGAACGAAGUCCAGCCACACCAACGCGAGGACGCCGUGAACUCGCUCGCCUACGAGGCCGAGGCAAGGAUGAAAGACCCCGUCUACGGCUGCGUAGGCGCCAUCUCCAUCCUCCAGAGGCAAGUCAUCAAGCUCCAGAAAGAACUCGACGCCACCAAUGCGAAUCUCAUCCGCUAUGCCUGCAAUGAAAUCCCUGCUCCGUCCCCGUCCCCGUCGUCGUCCUCACAAUACGCUCGGAGGUCGUCGUCUACGAACCAUGAGGGAAGCUCCUCCACCUCUAGCUAUGGCCACUACUAUUCUGGUCUCUACUUUUCUCCAUGGAGUAACAACAAUGGCCCUUGUGGAGAUGGCCAUGACAAAGGAGGAGAAUACAAGUAAAUUUUCCCAUUUAUCAUAUAUCCUUAUAAUUUGAUCUCAUCACAAAGAGAUUCUUAUAUAUAUAUGUUGAUAGGGGUGUGAAAUCUUUAUGCAUUUUGAUUAAUAAAUAUAAACGAUAAUUGCAAA